AGCCGAGCGGUGUGGUAGUGUCAUUAGUGCGCUCCGUGGCGCGUUCGAACCUCGUAAUCGCGUUGCCUGGAUGGUGAAUCGCACGAAAAACUAGUAACUAAAAUGUCUCUCUGACACGUCGUAGUCGCAGAAAGAAGGAGUUGAAGUGUUCACUGUAGACCUUCGGUUGCUGUGAAAAAGUGAAGCUGUGAUCGCAAAAACAACAGCAACAAAAAUGGCACAAUAGGGUGCUGAAAGAGACAGGCAAGCAAACAAUUGGCGGAACAGAGUCACACCACAAUCAUCAUCAUUGUGGCACACGUACUUAUAUCACCUACCUGAAGAAUCCAGCUUGCAUCGAGAGACUGAAACAGUGCUUCCAGCAUGGCGAACGUGAUUUUAAUCUCGGUUUUGCUUCUGACAACGACGCUUUGCAUUCUGGCGGCCCCGAGAGCCGGUGGACUUGAGAUGAUCAUUCUGCACAAUAACGAUAUGCACGCACGAUUCGAGCAAACCGGAGCCUACAGCAAUGACUGUCAACCAUCGGACGUUGCCAAUAACCGUUGCUAUGGUGGGUUUGCAAGAGUAGCACACAAAGUACGAGAGUUCCGCGAAAAGGAAGCGGAAGGAGGACUGCCGGUACUGUAUCUAAAUGCCGGGGAUACCUACACCGGAACACCGUGGUUUGCGGUGUACAAGGACAAUAUUACGGCCGCCUUUUUAAACAAACUGAAACCGGAUGCAAUAUCCCUUGGAAACCAUGAAUUUGAUUUGGGAGUUGCUGGAUUGGUACCGUUCCUGAAUGAGGUGGACUUCCCGGUUCUAGUAGCUAAUCUGGACCUAAGCAGAACACCGGAAAUGCAAACAACGAAAUCACUGAACCGAUCAGUCGUCUUUACCAAGGCAGGAAUCCGUAUCGGUGUCAUCGGCUAUCUUACACCGGAAACCAAGCAGUUAACUCCCGUGAAUACGGUGGAGUUUUUGGAUGAGAUCGAAGCGAUCAAUAAAGAAGCAGCGGCACUGAAGGAGCAGGAUGUUCAUAUUCUGAUCGCAUUGGGGCACAGUGGUUUAGAGCGCGAUAAGCAGAUAGCGGCCGAAUGCCCGGACAUAGAUCUCGUCAUCGGGGGCCAUUCUCACACGUUCCUGUACAGUGGCCAAGCUCCGGACGUUGACGUACCGGCCGGUCCAUAUCCGGUGAUGGUGAAGAAUGCCGCCGGCAAAGAAAUACCCGUCGUGCAGGCGUACGCCUAUACGAAAUAUCUCGGUUAUCUGCAUCUAACAUUUGACGACGCCGGUAAUCUGCUCGAACUGGACGGUAGUCCGAUCCUGCUCAACGGAACCGUGCAGCGUGAUUCGGAUGUGCUGCAGCUGCUAGAAGUUUACCGGCCCGGUAUAUUGGAUUUGGACGAGAAAAUUGGACACACUUACUCAUUUCUGGAUUCAAGCCGCUGUCGGUUUGAAGAAUGUAACAUCGGUAAUAUGAUUGCCGAUUCGCUCGUCGUUACGUAUGCAGCGAACCGUGAAACUAACGGCGAUCAAUACUGGACGGAUGCGGCCAUCGGGUUCAUACAGGGCGGUGGUAUCCGAGCGUCCUUGAACCCGGGACCAAUCACUAAGAAGGACCUCAAAACCGUACUUCCGUUCGGUAAUGCGAUGGUAGUGACCGAGGUUAGCGGUGCCACUGUUCGGCAGAUGCUGGAGCAUAGUGUCGCCCGUUACGAUGGAGUGUCCGGCUACGGCGAGUUCCUACAGAUGGCCGGAGUGCAGGUGCGAUACGAUCUAUCCCGGCCCUCGUUGCAGCGAGUGGUACGCGUCGAUGUGCGUUGCGCCAAAUGUGCAAUUCCUUCCUACGGUCCCUUGAAUGAUUCCGCAUCCUAUCGUAUCCUGCUGAGCCAGUUCCUGUACGAAGGUGGUGAUGGUUAUACGAUGAUUCCCGGGGCGCCCAAAGAAACGUUAACAUUCGGCGAGUACGAAAUUACCGAGGAAUACCUGAAAAACUACUCGCCCAUCUAUCCGGCCAUCGAAUGGCGCAUUCAAAUCGAAGGUGCCCCGAAUGUGCCACCAACGGCAUCGACGGCCGAUCCAGGGCUGUCCACCGUGACGAUCCCUACCACCACCACUGAGGGUGGUGGCGGAGUAGGGCGAUUGGGAGGUGUAACCAUUUCCACGCUCGGAAUCAUGCUGUUAGUGGCACUAAACCAUCAUCUACUAUGAGGAGUUAUGCGUCCGUUGUAUGUUUGAGUAGGUUUAAGUAUCGUAAGAUGCAAAAUUCCUCCUUAUCCUAGGUGAUACUGUGCAGGGAAGAGGAUUGAUGGUCAAAUAGAGAGUUCCUACUAAUAGGGAAAUUUGUACAAAGUUGAAUAAACAAUUGCUAAGAAAUCGCAAUAUCGAUCAAAUACAGAUACGAAUAACAAUCGUUUGAUUAACAGUGUA